AUGAAAGGCCUGUCGAUCUCCUCCUUUUCCCAAGCCGAGGUGGAUUUCGGCACGCGCCUCUUCAAGUUCCUGGCCACCAAUGGAGAGUAUGUCACUGCAGACCAAAUGGGAGCGUUUUUACGUCAAUCUAAUCUGGGAAACCAACGACUUUCGCCUUUGUGGGAGAAGACGAUAGGUGCUAGUCGCAAGAACUUCCAAUUGGUUGACACACUUUAUCUCUUAAGAAUGCUAGCUAUGGUACAGCAGGGAAAGGAGCUUGACGAUGAGGUUCUCUCAGGUAAUUCGUUUGAAUGCCUCGCUGACCUGUCGUUCUUUCCUUUUGAUAGCGGAUUUGAUGUCGACAGCAUUGAGGAUUCUCAACCCUCAACUCCAACGGGCAGCGUUUAUCUGAAGAACCAAGGAUCCAAUGAGUCUCCUUUACGUGAUGCCUCACGCCUGCAAAAUGUCCAGCAAGUGACUGAUUUGAGCAUUUCUCGGUGUAUUAGUUUGAAUAACGAGGCCACAGCUGACCCGGCGCCCACAGAAAGCAUGGCUUCUAUCAUGCAUGCUGGGGUGGAUGAUCUGGCCAGUCAUGACCUCGCAGAGCAUCCUGGGACAGCCUCCCACUUGUUUCUAACCGAUAGUACUGUACCUCCUGCUUUGUCUCACGCUAGUGAUAGACACAGCGAUGCAAGGGAGUCAGUUGAUGCACGUGCGCAGCAAGACGAUACGGCUGAGAAUUCCAAGCAACACUUGCCGCAUGCGAGCUCUCCUGUACCAGUUGUUGCGUCUUCCAUGGUACCUACUGGAAACUCCAGUAUCUUGUCGUCUUUCGUUGAAAUUGCAAAACACUUUCAAGGAGCACUUCUUCAGACUCAGGAGAUGGUAGAUAGGGUUAUUGAUGCUAGUAAUCCACUGGGAGGAUUGAUCGUAGUCCCGCCAGAGCAGAUUGUUGUAUUGAAGAAAAGACUUUCCGAAAUGAGUAAGAAACUAAUUGAUCAACUUAAUACAUUGUCUGAUCAGGGCUUCACCAGCUCGCUGAGUUCAUGCUUGAAGGGCCUCGAGUCUUUAUCUAACGCCCUUACAAUGCUCAUCUCCAAAGAGAAGCAAGUAAUUAAGAUGACUAAUGAGAUUAUCUGCUAUUUAGAUGGCUCUGACAGUGAAGAGGGACCACAAGUUAAUGAUUCACAAGGAACUUGUGUCAGAGGCACUUCUACUGACGGCUCAGAAACAGAUGAAAAGUGCACUCAGGACUGCUCUGAAGUGGAUAACGGGAACACUUAUGAGAAGCUAAAGAGCAGCAAGGGUACUUUUUCUUCACAUUCAGAGAACAUUCUCUCCACCGCUGCCUCUAUUUUUCCCGCUGCAACUGCUGCCUCAUCAUCGGCGACUUAUCAGGACGGUGAGAAGCUUCCUCCUGUGCACCCUCCCCUGCACCUCACUUCAGCCAAGAAGAAGAGUCUCAUCAAGUUGGUCCAGGAUACAAGAGAGGUGGUUGACAAAGCACGGAACGUCGAGGCCUCCUAUGCACGUGCUCAGGAGGCUAACCGUAUGUACAAGAGCUUCUCAGAGUCAUUAGAGACCCUGUUGCAGACAGAACUAGAGACAAAUACUAACUUGGAGGAACAGCAGAAAAAGCUAGAGAAAAAGGCAAAUGAGAAAACUCAAUUGAUAACUAAGCAACUGGAACAGUUGAAAAGCAUUCUUUCUGAGCAAGCAAUUAUGUUUACAAGUAUCUUAAGCGCCAAAUUAUCGUCCCCGAACUUCAUGGAUCAAUUAAACUUAUUCACCAUUGACCUAGCUGACAAGGCCGUUUCCGAAAUGAGCAGGGUACUGGCUGAAGCGCCCAAGCUGGAAUCUUUAUCUGUUGAACUGAAAAAUCUUGCACAGGCAAGAUUUGUGAAGGAAUCGGCACAAGGUCACACUAUUCCAUUAGAGAUUCCUGAGACACCAGGGAGCGAUUCUGGCCAACACCGUGGAUCUCAGAGUUCCUACAACACGUUCUCUCAUAAGGUAACAAGUACGAGAGCCGAACUUGUUGCCCAGCAGACCAUCAGAUCCAUUGUACGUGAUGAAUUGCGGUCUCUCAAGGGAGAGCUAAUAGAGGAGAUCAAGACGAUGAUUUGUGGGAUAAUUGGAGGGGAAGCAGGUGUCCGAGGUAACCCUGAUGGCUCUAUCCCUCAGGCAGAUGCUGCUUUGGCUCCGGUUGAAUCGGGGCGACUCCAUCCAGGUAGUGGUAACAGCAUUGCAAAUACACCAUCUUUGCCCGUGGCUGAUCGGCUGAAGCCCUGGACUUAUCAUUUUGGCUCCAACAUGCCAUCUUCUUAG